GAGCCGCAGCCCCGGCGACAGGGGUUCCCGGACUUGCAGUUCCUCGGGAAGGGGGAGCCAAGGAGGCGGGCGCGGCCAGCACCCCCAACCUGCUCUGGAGCGCAGCUGCUCUACCCCGGGACCCGCCACCCAGCAUGGCUUUCCUCCUGGCGCUGCUGCUGGCGUCCUCGCUCUACCUGCAGACGGACGCCGAGUUCGACGGGAGGUGGCCCAGGCAAAUAGUGUCCUCCAUUGGCCUGUGUCGUUAUGGUGGGAGAAUUGACUGCUGCUGGGGCUGGGCUCGCCAGUCCUGGGGACAUUGUCAACCUUUCUACGUCUUAAGGCAGAGAAUAGCAAGGAUAAGGUGCCAACUCAAAGCUGUGUGCCAACCACAGUGCAAACAUGGAGAAUGUAUCGGGCCAAAUAAGUGCAAAUGUCAUCCUGGAUAUGCUGGAAAAACCUGCAAUCAAGACGAACCUUUCUACCCAACUCCUCUUGACCAAGGCAGUGAACACCCUCUUUUCCAACCCCUGGAUCAUCAAGCCACAAGUUUACCUUCAAGGGAUCUAAACGAGUGUGGACUGAAGCCUCGACCCUGUAAGCACAGGUGCAUGAACACUUUCGGCAGCUACAAGUGCUACUGUCUCAACGGAUAUAUGCUUAUGCCGGAUGGGUCCUGCUCAAGUGCCCUUUCGUGCUCCAUGGCAAACUGUCAGUAUGGCUGUGAUAUUGUCAAAGGACAAGUCCGGUGCCAGUGCCCCUCCCCUGGCUUGCAGCUAGCUCCUGAUGGGAGGACCUGUGUGGAUGUUGAUGAAUGUGCUACAGGGAGAGUCUCCUGCCCAAGGUUUAGGCAAUGUGUCAACACUUUUGGGAGUUACAUCUGCAAGUGUCACAAAGGCUUCGACCUCAUGUACAUUGGAGGCAAAUAUCAAUGUCACGACAUAGAUGAGUGCUCCCUUGGUCAGCACCACUGCAGCAGCUUUGCUCAAUGUUUCAACAUACAUGGAUCCUACAGGUGUAAAUGUAAAGACGGAUAUGAAGGUGAUGGAUGGAGUUGUGUGUAUAUCCCCAGAGUCAUGAUUGAACCUUCAGGUCCAAUUCAUGUACCAAAAAGAAAUGAAACCAUUUUAAAGGGUGAUGGAGGACAUAAUAAUUGGAUCCCUGAUGUUGGAAGUACUAGCUGGCCUCCAAAGACACCAUAUAUUCCUCCUGUCAUUACCAACAGGCCCACUUCUAAGCCAACAACAAGACUUACACCAAAACCAACACUACAGCCUACUCCACCACCACCACCACCCCUGCCAACAGAGCUCAGAACACCUCCACCACCACCAACCCCAGAGAGGCCAUCCACUAGACUGACAACUGUAGCACCUGCUAUCAGUACAUCUGCAAGAGGGACUACGGUUGACAACAGGAUACAGACAGAUCCUCAGAAACCCAGAGGAGACGUAUUUAUUCCACGGCAGCCUUCAAAUGACUUGUUUGAAGUAUUCGAAAUAGAAAGAGGAGUCAGUGCAGAUGAUGAGGCAAAGGAUGAUCCAGGUGUUCUGGUACACAGCUGUAAUUUUGAUCAUGGACUUUGUGGAUGGAUCAGGGAAAAAAACAGUGACUUGCACUGGGAGCCAAUCAGGGACCCAACAGGUGGACAGUAUCUGACAGUAUCGGCAGCCAAAGCCUCAGGGGGAAAAGCCGCUCGCUUGGUGCUACCUCUUGGCCACCUCAUGCAUUCAGGGGACCUGUGCCUCUCGUUCAGGCACAAGGUGACUGGGCUGCACUCUGGCACACUGCAGGUGUUUGUGAGAAAACAUGGUGCCCAUGGAGCAGCCCUGUGGGGAAGAAAUGGUGGCCAUGGCUGGAGGCAAACACACAUCACCUUGCGAGGGGCUGACGUCAAGAGCGUCAUCUUCAAAGGUGAAAAAAAGCAUGGUCACAUUGAGGAGAUUGGAUUGGAUGAUGUGAGCUUGAGAAAAGGCCAUUGCUCAGAAGAACGCUAGCAACUCCAGAACUAGCAAUGAACUCCUAGGUUGCUCCCUUUUCUUUCUCCAAUCCUCACCUUCUUUCCUCUGCUCCCUCUUACCGGGCCUAGGGGAAGAGUGGGUUAGUGGGUCAAGAGGAAGGCUGGAUGGUGACCCAUGUCUUGUUGGCCUGCUUUUGUGCAAUCCCAGUGACACCCUCCUUGAGGUACAGGCCCAUAUGUAGACACAUCUAAGCCAUUUUGGUGUGUUUCCUUCCAUCCUGCCUCCUUUUAGCAUGUGUGACCUGUGCCAUCCUUCAUCCUGGUUGCAGAGUGCUCUUUGUAGCAAUUCAUGGGAGAAGUUUUCAAAACAAAUCUGUGCAAAUAGCCAUUCUGUUAUCUGUUCAGUGUUGUACCAUGAGUAGUAAGUAUUGACUUUCCUUAAGACAUGAUGUACAGUGUACUUGUGAAAUUGUUUAUCCUUCUCACUUAAGUGAGUUCCGGCCUGACCUGAACUCUGACUUUUACUGUCAUUCGCUUUAUAAAGGAA